CUGUUUGGUGUCGUGUUUUCGUUGCGUUUUUCGCUUACGUGAAUUAUAUGCUGAUUAUUUGAUGUGUAAAGUGUUAAAAUUAAAGUGUUUUAUUAAUAAAAAUGGCGGAAAAUCUUAGCUCCGCACAAAGCGAGUUUGGUAAUAAUACGCGCCAGAAAGACGACGACUCCAUGGCAAUGGACCACGAUGCAGACCCAAAUACGCAAGAGAGUCGAGAUGAUAGCACACACACGCCAAAUUCAUCAGCUCAUAACACAGAUGAGGACGAUGACAGCGGUGAUGGACGUAAUAGCACAGCACAUGCUUCAUCGUCGACUCUAAGCUAUAAAGAAAGACGUCGCGAAGCUCAUACUCAAGCUGAGCAAAAACGUCGGGAUGCCAUUAAGAAAGGCUACGAUAGCCUUCAAGAGUUAGUGCCGACAUGCCAACAAAAUGAUUCAGCAUCGGGUUAUAAGUUGAGUAAAGCGCUUAUUUUGCAAAAAUCAAUCGACUAUAUUGGCUAUCUAAACUUACAAAAAAAGAAGCAAGAAGAAGAAGGUGCUGCCUUGCAGAAAGAAGUCGCUGCACUACGCAUAAUACAACAUAGUUAUGAGCAUAUGUUGCAACAUCAGCAAGCUAAUCCUGGUCCCGAAGAAGCACGUCUGACCGACGAAGCAAAAUUUCAAGUGUUCCAGGCAAUUAUGGAUGAAAUGUUCAACACAUUCCAGCAUAUACCAAUGGAUAAUUUCAAGCAGCUCACAACAGGGGUCAUACCGUGGUUAGAGGAGUACUGCAAGCCACAUAUUUUGCGCAGCAUACUAAGUCGCACAUUGCAACAAAUGUCUCAAUCACAAGCGCAAGAAAAGCAAAAGCAGCAGCAAGACAACGAAGGAUUUAGUUGAUUUACUAGCAGGUGUCGGAGGCGCUAUGAGCCUCAUGGAUAACUAGAUUUGACGCGGCUAAUAAUUAUCUAGACUUAACUUGUUUGAAUUAGUGAUAUUUUACUCCGGGAUUCAUGUUAAUAACUUUUAUUUGGUUACAAGCAUUUGUCAAUUUUUAAGCCAAAUAGUAAAACUCCUUUUUUAUAGUUUAGUUAAAUUGUAUGUCUUAAGUUCUCGGUCUUUCCCCAAACACACUGUGUAAUAAUGUUUGGAUAUCAUUAGUAUCGUUUUAAAUGUUAUAUGUAUACUUGCUGGUAAAUCGUUUAGUUAUCAUUACAAUUGUGCUAGUUCAUACACUGGCGGCAGAAAUUAUAGAAACGUCUUAUUUAGAUCAGUUUUGGCUACAUAUAUAUAUAUUUUUUUU